GUCACCACUUUACGGGAAUGCUGGUUGUUGCGGCGCUGCUCUCGCCAUCUUCCCUGAGGGCAGUUGCCGCUGAGCUGUCCUUGUUGGCGUGGGCGUGGCUUCGGAGACCGACGACAGGACACGAGCCUGUGCAGGGGGACCACCAGAAUACCCGAGAAAAAUUCCGCUUCUAUGGCGACUUACUUGGAGUUUAUUCAGCAAAAUGAAGAGCGCGAUGGAGUGCGUUUCAGCUGGAAUGUAUGGCCCUCGAGCAGACUUGAGGCCACAAGAAUGGUUGUUCCAUUGGCUUGUCUGCUAACGCCUUUGAAAGAACGGUUGGACCUGCCUCCUGUCCAGUAUGAGCCAGUCCUGUGCAGCAGACCAACUUGCAAAACUGUACUCAAUCCACUUUGCCAAAUUGAUUACCGAGCCAAGCUUUGGGCCUGUAACUUCUGUUUUCAGCGAAACCAGUUUCCUCCAGCAUAUGCAGGCAUAUCUGAAGUAAAUCAACCAGCGGAGCUUAUGCCACAGUUUUCCACAAUUGAAUACAUAGUCCAGCGUGGUCCUCAGACACCACUGAUCUUUCUUUAUGUUGUGGAUACAUGUUUGGAAGAAGAGGACUUGCAAGCUUUGAAGGAAUCAUUGCAGAUGUCUCUGAGUUUGCUGCCCCCUAAUGCUCUCGUAGGGUUAAUCACCUUUGGCAGAAUGGUCCAGGUUCAUGAGCUAAGCUGUGAAGGGAUCUCCAAAAGUUAUGUUUUCAGAGGCACUAAGGAUCUAACAGCAAAGCAAAUACAGGAUAUGUUGGGUCUUACAAGACCUGCUGCAUCUGUUCAGCAAGGGAGACCUCUUCAGCCUCAGGAACAGCCUCUCAUUUCAAGCAGAUUUCUGCAGCCUGUUCACAAAAUUGACAUGAACCUAACUGAUCUCCUAGGGGAACUGCAGCGGGAUCCAUGGCCAGUCACUCAGGGAAAGAGGCCCUUGCGAUCCACUGGAGUAGCUUUGUCAAUUGCUGUUGGGUUACUGGAGGGAACAUUUCCAAAUACUGGGGCCAGAAUAAUGUUGUUUACAGGAGGGCCACCAACUCAAGGGCCAGGCAUGGUAGUGGGAGAUGAGCUGAAAUCUCCCAUCCGUUCCUGGCAUGAUAUAGAGAAAGAUAAUGCACGGUUUAUGAAGAAGGCUAUGAAGCACUAUGAGACAUUGGCAAAUCGUACAGCUAACAAUGGACACUGCAUUGAUAUUUAUGCCUGUGCGCUUGAUCAGACUGGUCUUCUGGAGAUGAAAUGUUGUGCCAAUUUAACUGGAGGUCACAUGGUGAUGGGGGACUCUUUUAACACUUCUCUCUUCAAGCAAACUUUCCAGAGAGUGUUUAGCAAAGAUCUCAGUGGAGAAUUCCGACUGGCUUUUGGGGCCACUUUGGAAGUAAAGACCUCUAGAGAGCUGAAGAUUGCUGGAGCUAUUGGACCAUGUGUAUCCCUCAAUGCCAAAGGACCGUGCGUUUCAGAAAAUGAACUUGGGAUUGGUGGCACAUGCCAAUGGAAAAUUUGUAGCCUUGAUCCCACCAUGACGCUUGCCAUUUAUUUUGAAGUAGUAAAUCAGCACAAUGCACCAAUACCUCAGGGUGGCAGAGGAGCUGUCCAGUUUGUUACACAUUAUCAGCAUUCCAGUACACAGAGACGUGUUCGUGUUACUACGGUUGCUAGAAACUGGGCAGAUGCACAGAGUCAGCUGCAACACAUAGAAGCUGCAUUUGAUCAAGAAGCAGCUGCCGUCCUGAUGGCCCGCCUGGGUGUCUACAGAGCUGAAUCGGAGGAGGGACCAGAUGUGUUGCGAUGGCUGGAUAGGCAGCUAAUUAGACUUUGUCAGAAGUUUGGACAAUACAACAAAGAUGAUCCAAAUUCUUUUAGACUGUCAGAUUCAUUCUCUCUCUAUCCCCAGUUCAUGUUCCAUUUGCGACGAUCUCCAUUCCUUCAAGUGUUCAAUAACAGCCCAGAUGAAUCUUCGUAUUAUCGCCAUCACUUUGCCAGGCAGGACCUGACCCAGUCUCUCAUCAUGAUCCAGCCUAUACUCUAUUCCUAUUCAUUCUAUGGACCACCUGAGCCUGUACUUCUGGACAGCAGCAGCAUUCUUGCUGACAGGAUACUACUCAUGGACUCCUUCUUCCAGAUUGUUAUCUACCUUGGUGAGACUAUUGCCCAGUGGCGUAAAGCUGGCUAUCAAGAUAUGCCAGAAUAUGAAAACUUCAAGCAUUUACUGCAGGCUCCACUGGAUGAUGCUCAAGAAAUUUUGCAGACACGAUUCCCAAUGCCACGUUACGUUAACACAGAGCAUGGGAGCAGUCAGGCACGGUUUCUAUUGUCUAAAGUGAAUCCCUCUCAGACUCAUAACAAUCUCUAUGCAUGGGGACAAGAAUCUGGUGCUCCAAUCCUAACGGAUGAUGUUAGUCUGCAGGUAUUCAUGGACCAUCUGAAGAAGUUGGCUGUGUCGAGUGCAUCAUAAUUUUGACCUAUCAAGGACAUUUCUGGGGACUAACUGAAUCAUGCUACUGACUAAUCACAAUUUGCCAAGAAGCUGAUAACAUUCCUUCCCACCCUUUAAAUCAUAUUUUUAAACAAUUCUACGUAACAAGGAUGUAAGGAAAGUUUUGUACUUUAGAUUUAACUUAUUGGUAUUCUUUCUGUCCUGCCAUUUCUACUUUUUCAUUCAUGUAAUUACUGUAUUCCAAUACCAUGACUUACCUACCUAUACUAUUCAUUUGCCUUUCUGCAUCUGAACAUAAGAAAAAUAAACAUUGAGAAGGGUGUUAAUGUUUAUACUGUAACCAGCUUGACACAUUGUAAUUUGGAUAAUAGCAGAGCUAGAUUUGCUUGCUGCAGUGUGUGUGUGUGUGUGUGUGUGUGAGAGAGAGAGAGAGAGAGAGAGAGAGAGUGCUGUUAGCAUGAGCAUUUUGAAGAGAAAUUGGAAUCAAUACUGUAAACUGUUUUUAGGAAGAAAUCCCCAAGCUCUUCAACUUAUUCAAAAUUGUAUGCUUUUAUGAGCUAUUAAGCAUAGCUGUAAAAUUUAAAGCUGUGCAUGUAGUCUGGACGUUGGAUGGGAAGCCAGUUGCUUCUUGGAAAAUCUGGAUUUUUUUAGCUUUAAAAUGUCUCUUAAUCCCAAUAGUAUUGCCUAAACCUAACUAGCCACUGAGAAUAGAAAGUUAUGGAGCGGGGGAGUGGAGGUACUUGGAGUCUCACUUGUUGAGGAUAUAAAGGAACUGCUUUCUACUGAGUAAAACCAUUGGUCCAUCUCAUUCGCUACUGUGAUUGUCAAUAACUUCAAGGUGUCAGGCAGGUUUUUCCCAGGCAUGCUAUCAGGGAUGCCAGGUUUUAAUCCUAGGAUAGUCUGCAAGUUUGCUACUUCUGUACUAAUGGGUGAGUUCUUUAGCUUUUCUAGUUUGUAGGAUGCUAAGAUGCUACAAAGCCCUGACAUGUGAAUUUAGCUGUUGGCUAGUGGAGAGAGGGGUAGAAGAGAAGAAGAGUUUCUUCAUAAACAUCAAACCUCAACCUUCCCAUUUAUAAUUCUUUCUUUCUUUCUUUCUUUCUUUCUUUCUUUCUUUCUUUCUUUCUUUCUUUCUUUCUUUCUUAUUUGGUAAUUUGAAUCUUAUUGUACGCUGUUCUGGUACCAAAACAGCAAAAUGAAUAAUUAAACAAAACUUGGCAUACAAAAGAGAACAAUAACUUAAAUCAGUUUUUGUAUUGCUUGAAACAAUAGGCCAGAGCACCUGUUGUGAAAUCUUAAAUACAUUGAUCUUUUACUGCCAUCAACCAUAAUUACACAUACCAAAUUAUUAAAUAUAUAUAUAUAUAUAUAUAUAUAUAUAUAUAUAUAUAUAUAUAUAUAUAUAUUUUAAAACCCUCUUCUGAAAACUUUGAGAGAAACAUGACACAGAUAUAAUUGUCACACUUUACAAAAUAAUUUGCUUAUACUCCAACAUUUGUUUUUACUUUCAUGUUACAAGUUGUUAGUUACAGAGGCUGUUCACACGAGCAGCCCUCCUCGGGCUUGCACAGCCCUGCCCAGGUAGGGCUGCUCGUGUGGAGUGCUGGGUAGCCCAAACCCCCCACCUACAGCUCUUACUGAGGUAAAAGGGUGCAAGCACGCCAUGUGUGUGUAGUGGUUAGAGUGCUGGACUAGGACCGGGGAGACCCGAGUUCAAAUCCCCAUUCAGCCAUGAUACUAGCUGGGUGACUCUGGGCCAGUCACUUCUCUCUCAGCCUAACCUACUUCACAGGGGUGUUGUGAGGAGAAACUCACCGCUCUAGGCUCCUUGGAGGAAGAGCGGGAUAUAAACGUAAGAAAUAAAAUAAUAAUAAAAAAUAAUGUGUCUGCUUGGGUUGCCUGCAGGCUGAGCAGCCACAGAGCCAAGCGCCUAGAGCUCCCGGCUUGCAGGGAAAUCCUCCAGUGCACCACGCUCUUUGCACAGUGCAUUGAGGGAUUUCUGGAGACUGGGCUGCAUUUCCCUGGCCUCCAGAUAGCUGCAUGGCUCCCAGCAGCACCACUCGUGUGGGCACAUGAGCCACGCAGCCAAAGCCAAAAACAGGAUCAUGGGGUGGGGUGAGGUGGAGGUAGGUGUGAUCCUGCCUUUCCUGCCCUGCUCACAGGUCAUGUGAAUGACCUUGCAUUGUAUCUCUGAUAUCAGUACGCCUCAGUAUAGGGUUUCCUGGGAAGGGGGGUGAGGAAGGUCUAGGGGAUGAAAGGGGGGGACAAGAAAAAGUGUGUGGGCUGUCAUUACUGAAACAAUAGCUGCAUAUUUAGAGAUCACUACUGACUUGCUGUUGGAAGACUCCUUCAAGUUCUGCUUGGAUGUGCAGAAUAGAUGCUUUGAUUUACAAGGAAAAUGCUGGUCUAAAGUGUGUGUGUGUGUGUGUGUGUGUGUGUGUGUGUGUGUGUGUGUGUGUGUGUGUGUUUUAUAGGAAGCCCGAAGGCAUUUUCAGGCCAUGUAUGUGGGGUGUACGUGUUAAUGCAGGGACAAUAAAUUGAAUUCCUGCUAAUGGUGGUUUAUGAUCUAUGUAUUCAGUGAUCUGUUCCCUACCAGAAUGGAAGGUGCAUCCAUUUUUCUGGUCUCUCAUUAAAAUGAUGCUUCACUUUCUAGA